GAUCCAGGUAGGUGCCAGCACCUGCGGGGAGCUAGCAGGCGCAUCACCUCACCCCGUGUGCUGAGCACCAGCCAUACCCAGGCGCCCCGAGCUGAACAGGAACUUGCGCUGCGUCUCGCGUCUUAUUAGCAGACCCAAGAUGGCUGUCCUCUCUAAGGAAUAUGGCUUCGUGCUUCUAACUGGUGCCGCCAGCUUCAUAAUGGUAACUCAUCUAGCCAUCAAUGUCUCCAAGGCCCGCAAGAAGUACAAGGUGGAGUAUCCUACCAUGUACAGCACGGACCCAGAAAACGGGCAUCUCUUCAACUGUAUUCAGCGAGCACACCAGAACACGUUGGAAGUGUAUCCUCCCUUCUUAUUUUUUCUAGCUGUUGGAGGUGUUUACCACCCGCGUGUAGCUUCUGGCCUGGGCUUGGCUUGGAUCGUCGGACGAGUUCUUUAUGCUUAUGGCUAUUACACAGGAGAACCACGCAAGCGGAACCGAGGUGCUGUGGGGUUCAUUGCCCUCAUUGGCUUGAUGGGCACGACUGUGUGCUCUGCUUUUCAGCAUCUUGGCUGGGUUAAAACUGGCUUGGGCGGUGGGUCCCACUGCUGCUGAAUUACAGGGGCUUAAAAACUUGUUUUGAAUGACUUACCUUAAUUUACAAUUUUGUUUUUCUAAAUAUAAUAAAAUCUAUCUGGCAUCAGCCUCAUACUUAA